CCCACCGCGCUUACUUGCUCACCACUCGUCACGCAACUUCCACUCCAAUUUUCACCUCCUUAUAAAACCUCUUCACACACAAUCACUUUUCACUCAAACACAUCACAACUUCAAAAAAUUUCAAUACCUAUCUCUUUUCUCUUUCUCUCUCUCUUUUUUCAAUAUCAUGGCUCUAGAAGCACUUAACUCACCCACCACUACUUCUACUACCCCAAAAUUCACGUUCAAUGAACCGUCUCUUCAUCACUCUGAACCAUGGACCAAACGAAAACGUUCAAAGCGUUCACGUUCAUGCACCGAAGAAGAGUACCUCGCUCUCUGUCUCAUCAUGCUAGCUCGCGGAACCACCACCACCUCCACCACCAACCGCCACAGUUUCAAACCAUUACCAACACCAACAACAAUAACAACCGCCGACAACAACAGCACCAACAUCAAACUAGGUUACAAAUGUUCUGUGUGCAACAAAGAGUUCUCUUCUUAUCAAGCACUUGGUGGACAUAAAGCAAGUCACCGGAAACACUCUACCAUCGGUGGUGAUGACCAUUCAACUUCCUCAAAUUCGGCUAACACUGUCACUGUUGUAAGCGGUGGCGGUGUUAGAUCUCAUGAAUGUUCGAUUUGUCAUAAGUCGUUUCCGACAGGACAGGCUUUGGGUGGACACAAACGUUGUCACUACGAAGGCGGUAGUGGUAGUGGUAGUGGUGGUGGUGCUGUAACUAACUCAGGUGUGGGGUCCACACAUACUGUUUCUCAUAGUCAUAGUCAUAGUCACCGAGGUUUCGAUCUGAACAUCCCGGCUUUUCCGGAGUUUGGUGACAAUAAGGUCGGAGAAGACGAGGUUGAGAGUCCUCACCCUGUGAUGAUGAUGAAGAAGAAGCCUCGUGUUUUCGUGGUGCCCAAGAUUGAAAUUCCUCAUCACCAACAGUGAAAGAUUAGUUGAAAUAUUUGAGAUUUAGAUUUAGUAUAAGAUUAAUUAGUUGGAAUGUUUUGUUUAAUUAUUUGGAAAAUUUUGAGUUAUUUUUUUAUUUUGUAUAUGGUAGUUUUGGUUGGGGGAAUUUUUUUUCUUGGGCUCUGUUACUUAUUGGUGAGAUUGUACUUUUCUUUUGAGUUUGAUGAUGGCAAUUCAAUUUAUUUAUUUUUUUA